AUGCAAAUUAGAAAAAAACAAAGUGAAGCAAAAGGACCUAUUAUGAAGACUUCGUUCAAGACAUCGAGGAACUGCUGCUCCAGCAGCAGCAGCGCAGCAGGCAGCGAGGGGGCUACCAGCAGCAGCGGGCGGCCUUCUGCUGCUGCUGCUGCUGCUGCUGCUGACGCUGAUGCUGCAGCAUCUGCUGCAGCAGGGUCCGCAGCAGCCGCAGCAGCGCCCUAUGCCGCAGCGGCCUCCGCAGCCGCUGCUGCUGCAGCAGCCUCAGCAGCAGCAGCAGCAGCAGCAGGCGUCGCUGCGAUCCCGGGCUUCGACAUGGCAGCAGUUCUGCGGGACCGCCAGCUUCUGCAGCUGCUGCAGCUCUCUUACCCCAUUUCCAUUGUUGCUGCAAUGACUCCUAAAAGAGCCAUUGGCAUUUCCAACAAACUCCCCUGGCCUCCUUUGCCUCCGGACUUCAAACACUUUUCCCACCUCACGCAGUUCACCCGCCCCAGGGGGCCCCCCGGGGGCCCCCCGAACGCGGGGGGGGCCCCUUGGGGGCCCCUGCACGGAGGGGCCCCUGCGGGGCCUCCACACACCCCAGGGGCCCCUUCAGGGGCCCCUGCAGCACCCCUGGGGGGCCCCACCGCCUUCGGAGGGGCCCCCAAUGGGGCCUCCGCUGAAGCAGGGGCCCCUGGGGCCUCCUCUAGCCAGGGGCCCCCGGGAGCCUCCUCUGGGGGGCCCCCCUCGGGGGCCCCCCGCAGGGGUGGUUAUUUGCUGAAUUGUGUUAUUAUGGGGCGGAAGACUUGGGAGUCUUUGCCUGCAAAUUCUAGGCCCUUAAAGGGCCGCGUGAAUGUAGUGGUUACUUCUUUUCAGACAGCAGAAGAGCUGCUGGCGUCGUCGGCAGCAGCAGCACCAGCAGCAGCAGCAGCACAUAAGGCAGCCGCAGCAGCAGCAGCAGCAGGUGCAGCAGAGACGGGAGCGGCAGAAGCAGCAGGAGGACCAGCAGCAGCAGCAAAGGAACCAGCAGCAGCAGAGCCAACGGCGAAGGCAGCGCCGAAGGCAGCGACUCCUCUAGCAGCAGCAUCAGCGUCAGCAGCAGCAGCAGCAGCAGCAGCAGAAGGCCGCCCGCUGCUGCUGGUAGCCCCCUCGCUGCCUGCUGCGCUGCUGCUGCUGGAGCAGCAGUUCCUCGAUGUCUUGAACGAAGUCUUCAUAAUAGGAGGCGCCAAUCUCUAUGCCUCUGGGCUGGCCCUCGGGAUUGUUUCUACUCUUUACAUUACCCGCGUGGCUGUGGAGUUUUCUGCUGAUGUUUUCUUCCCCCAGUUCGGCCCUGUGCAGCAGCAGCAGCAGGAGCAGCAGCAGGAGCAGCAGCAGGAGCAGGAGCAGCAGCAGCAGCAGCUGCUGCUGCUGCAGCAUGGGGACUCGGGGCCGUGGGGCGGCUUGACGGAGGGGUUUGAGACAACUUACAUUAGCAAAAGCAAAGCCUACAAUGGCAUUCCUUAUGAUUUCGUUAUUAUGGAGAAGCAGCAGCAGCAGCAGCGGCAGCAGCAGCAGGAGCAGGAGCAGCAGCAGGUGGGGUGGAGUGGCCCUGAGCACCAUAGAGCUGCUGCCGCCGCGCUGGCUGCAGCAGCGAAACACCCGGCAGCAGCAGCUUUGGACGCGGCCGAGGGUUUAGGGUUUGCUGCUGCUGCUGCUGCUGAGGGUUUUGUAAAAGUGCUGCCAGCUCUUAAGGGCCGCCACCACGAAGAGCUGCAGUACUUGGAACUAAUUGCUGACAUUCUCAACAACGGGCAGCAGCAGCCAGACAGAACCGGCGUUGGGGUAAAGUCUGUUUUCGGCCGUCUUAUGCGCUUUUCUCUGGAGGAGACUUUUCCUCUUUUGACGACCAAACGGGUCUUCUGGAAGGGGGUUGUGGAGGAGCUGCUGUGGUUCAUACGCGGUGACACCAACGUCAACAACCUGAGCAAGCGUGGAGUCAAGAUCUGGGACUUAAACGCUACUCGAGAGUUUUUGGAUAGUCGAGGGUUGACCGACAGAGAGCCAGGCGACAUAGGGCCGAGCUACGGCUUUCAGUGGAGGCACUUCGGCGCUGCCUACAAAGACAUGCACACAGACUACACCGGCCAGGGGGUGGACCAGCUGAAAGACGUAAUUCACAAACUUCGGACAAACCCUAAUGACCGGCGCAUCAUCAUGACUGCUUGGAAUCCAGCAGGCAAGGCGCUGGGCCUGAUGGCGCUGCCGCCGUGCCACGUGCUGUGUCAGUUCCACGCGGCCGCGGGGCGGCUGUCUUGCUGUUUGUACCAGCGCAGCUGCGACGUGGGGCUGGGGGUGCCUUUCAAUGUUGCUUCUUAUUCUUUGUUGACAAUUUUGAUUUCAAAAAUAACAAAUUUAAUUCCUUUUGAACUUGUGCACUGCCUCGCCAACGCCCACGUCUACGCCAGCCACCAGCAGCAGCUGCUGCUGCAGCUGCAGCGCCCCCCCGCGCCUUUUCCCGCCCUCAGAGAAAUCGAGGACUUCACUGCAGACAGCUUUGAGCUCGUCGGCUAUAACCCUCACCCCACCAUCAAAAUGCCAAUGGCCGUCUAA